AUACGGCGUUCUCCAUGCGCGUUGUCAACAGCCUACUGCGUUGCGUUGCAUUGUGGGUAAUGUUGUUCGGAUCAUGACGCAGGCGCAGACGGUGCCACAGUCGGGUCUCGGAAAAUGGCGUCAGCUAACUUUCUCGAGGAAGCUCUCAGUACGGAUGUCGACGAAUCUGCCGUAAGUGCGCUCGUCGGAUCGUUAGAAGACCAACUCGCGCCUCCCGUGUCGACUCCGAACGUGAACGCGGCCAGCCUGAAUCAAAAUCACGUGCACAGUGCAAUAUCAAACGGCGGGACUGCGCUACCAUCACAGAAACAUGGGGCCAUUGCUAACGGUGAUACGAUAAAUUCGAUAGCAGGUUCAGUGUCACAGGUAGUCCUCCAAAACACCCAGCCUGUGACGAGUUUUGCGAAUCUGGUGUCGGCGGAUGGCAUCAAGACUAGCCAGGACGGUGUCAACAUCAUCUACACUCAAGGCAAUCCAGCAAUGACCAGCACAGGCACAAUUAUCGCUAAUCGUGCCUCCUUUCCCCAAACGGUGCAGAAUGGCACCAUCGGCAACGUGCAGCUUGCGAACGCCACGCAGGCUGGCACGAAUGUGCAAACUAUACAGACUAAGCAACAACCGACGUUGGUGAUAAAAACAAGCGUCCCUGGUGGUACUGGGACGCAGGGUUUGGUCACGGUACCGAUGAAUGUGACCACGUCGGUGCCACAAGUGAACAACAAUGUAGGUAGUCACAUUACCACCCACGCCAAUCCUAACAUCCUUUCCAACCUCCAGGUUGUUAAUGUUCGGCCCGGGAUUCCCACACAUCCGCAGAAGGGCCAACCAGCCAGGGUUGUGCUCAGUGCACCGCAAUUGGUGGGGGCCAGACCUGGAACUCCUCAAUUAACGCUCCAAAGCCUACAAGGUUUACAGCCAGGUCAACAGGGACAUCUGCUUUUAAAGACUGAAAAUGGGCAGUACCAAUUAUUACGCGUUGGUCCUGCACCACCAACGAGCGGUACAACAAUUGCCAAUGCAGGAGUCACAUUUCGCAUGCAAACCGUACCGGCUAAUGCCGUUGCCACACAAAUUACAAAUGCAACCACAGGGACGAAUCCGAUCGCUGCUGUGACUGCAGCUGCUGCUCCAACAGUCGCACCGGCACCACCGCCAGCGGCUGUUGCAAAACCCGCAAACGAUAAUACCAAAGAGAAGUGUCGGAAAUUCCUAGCGAAUUUGUUAGAGUUGUCAAGUAGGGAACCGAAGCCGGUGGAGAGAAACGUUCGAACGUUGAUACAAGACUUAAUCGAUAUGAAGGUGGAGCCCGAAGACUUCUGCGACCGUUUGGAAAAAUUGUUGAAUGCGUCUCCACAACCGUGCCUCAUUGGAUUUCUGAAGAAAAGUUUGCCAUUACUUCGACAUUCAUUAGCCACUAAAGAAUUAACGAUAGAUGGUAUCCGUCCGCCGCCAACCAAUGUGGUGUAUUCAAUCGCCAGCGGCACGACGACCGUGCAGUCGCAGGUACGGUCGGCUUUGACGACGCAGCAGGUUAGGCUGGUUACGCCAGGGACGACGGUCAUGCGUCCAAGUCUGGUGCAACCGCGACUAGUCACCCCGAUUCGGGCAGGUAUGCCGACUCGGAUGGUCACCACAAUACGACAGCCCAAUACCACCCAGCCGGUCAUAGUCUCCAGUUCGCAACCUCCUGCACUUCAUCCCGUGCAGUUUCCCGGCAAUCAGAUCAUUCGGCAGGGACACAUUAUCCGACCGCCUAUUCAGGUGCGUACAGCUGCGCCCACUGUCAACCAUACUAUUCGGCCCAACCAGGUAGUGAUGCGCACGUCUACGCCUGUUGCCAAGAAUGUCGCCGCGAGCACAAAAGCUCAGGGGCCGAAACCCGUUGUGCCUUCGAACGUUUCAAAAGUAGCUACCAAAGACAAGGAGAAGAAGACGGUGUCAUCGUCGGCGGCUGCUGCAGCGGCUGCCGCGUACGCUGGCGGAGAUGACGAUAUUAAUGAUGUCGCCGCUAUGGGUGGCGUUAACUUGGCAGAGGAGACGCAGCGGAUACUUGGCUCGACUGAGUUUGUGGGUACGCAAAUUCGGAGUUGCAAAGAAGACUUCUUCCUAAGUAUAAAUCCAUUGCAAACUCGACUGCGACAAAAACUGUCGAAGAUUGGGUUUGACGAAGCCAGCAAUGAGGUUGCGGCUAUUAUCUCGCACGCAGCGCAGGAGCGCUUAAAAAAUUUAGUGGAAAAGUUAGCGAUAAUAACUGAACAUAGGCUGGAAAUGGUGAAAAGUGAUCCGCGUUACGAAGUCACAUCAGAUAUUAAAGGUCAAUUAAAGUUUUUGGAAGAAUUGGAUCGGACGGAAAGAAAACGGCAUGAGGAAAUUGAGAGAGAGAUGUUAUUGCGUGCGGCAAAGAGUCGGUCGAAGACUGAGGAUCCGGAGCAGGCAAAGCUGAAAGCUAAAGCGAAAGAAAUGCAGAGGGUGGAGAUGGAAGAGCUGCGGCAACGAGAAGCCAAUGCGACGGCUCUUCAAGCCAUUGGACCAAGAAAAAAGCCCAAGCUGGAUAGUGAUCUCAGUGCAAGUACUUCACAGGCAACUCCCGGUUUCAACAGCGGUGCACGCGGCCAACUGCCCCUGAAACAGCGAAUGAAAAAAGUGACUUUACGGGAUGUCCAAUUUCUGUUCGAGACCGAAAAGGAUCUGUGUAAAAGUACUCUGUUGUACAAGUCUUAUCUUAAGUGAUGCUCGGUUCUCGUAGGCGGUGACGUUAUUAAUGUUGUGAUAAUGUGCGAAUGUGUCGUUGAAUUGAAAUUCGCAUUUCUUCGGACGAUUGGAUGGGAACGGACUGAAUGAUGAAAGAACUGAUGCUAAUAAUUGAUUUAUCACGUCUAGGCGGGACCUCAAGAGGAAGCAAGAUGAAUAAAAUUAUUGUGUUCGAAUGCAAACAAGUAAGCUAUAAAUUUUCAAAUAAAAGUUGUUCCGUUAAGAUGCAAACAGUGAAAUAAUUACGCAAAUCAAGUGGAAGUUUUGUAUCAAAACAAUAAUGAUAUAGUUAUUUGGAUCAAGAGGAAAAACGAUCUUUACUGCUUUUCCCAGACUGUAUGUGCCUGUAGGAGAUCUGUCGAUAGUCACAACAAAGUGUUUUUAUUCUAAAAAUUACGGCAGGUGCUUGGUUUUAUGGACAAAAUUUUAUACCACGAACCCAAAUUAUUAACUUAAAAUGAAUUUUGAAUGUUUUCAAAUGGGAGUUGAUGCAGGAGCAGAUUACAUUUUGUUUUUCAUCUUUUAUAUCCAAUUUAACUACCGAAACGAGUAUAUAACUAAUUAAUUUUUCUCCCAUGAAAACAAAAAAGAAAUUACGAAAUUGUAGAUUUUCUAUAAUAAUGAAGGUACAUAAUUGAACAUAGUGUUUUCUUUAUAAGAAAAUGUUUCCUUGAUUAUGAUCAAUCUAAAUGCUGUUAUAUAUUAUUAUUUUGUAAUUAUUUGUAUAAUUGUUUUCAUUUUAACCUGAUGAAUAUUACAAUGAUGAUGGAGAAAUGAACAUAUAUGUAGAUGAUAUAUAAUUUUGUUAUAGAAUAUUAUUAAUAUAAUGAAAAUGAGGAGCAACACACUGAAAGAAAUUUGCAAAUGAAGGGAAUACAAAACAAUUAAACUAGUGAAUUCAUGGGCACGACGGAACUUGUAUAAACAAACAAUUAAUUAGAGAUAAUUCUGUUUUUUAUAUUCUUGUACAUAUGUACCUAUAACAUAUACCACAUAAUAUUAUAAAUGUCGUAUAUAUAUUAUAUAUAACUCAUUGGUCGAAACUGCGCAAGCAAUUUAACACCGAGAUCUAUAGAAUGGACAUGAGACGAGAUGGUUUUUGAUGAUGAUUGGCGUUCAUCGAAUAAGCGCGCAAAUUAUUUUGUCGCUGCCAAGCAUAAGUAUUCCGUUAGAACUCAUCGAAUUUCGUGUUGGCCAUCAUCGUCGAAAUCCACUUUGCACAUUUGUUACGAGGAGAACUAGCAUUAUUUUUAUUAUUCUUAUUUUAAGUCUAGUAGUCAAACCUAGAAGCGAAAUUGUUUUCGAUCUGUUGCAUACUUGGUAUUCAUUGUAAAUAAUUAGGUUACAUCGUAAAUCACUAAACCUUUACACCACAAAAUCGUAAAAUCAAACAAGAAAACAAAACACAAGCAGAUAAUACCAUAGUAAUUUGAAAUAGGUUGCAGUUUCUUACGACACACAACAUAGCUGGCUGCCAUGAAGUUUUAUAUAUUUUUUGUAAUAACAAAUAAUUGUUUAAGAACAUACAAAUGCAAAUUUGUUAUUAUGUUGUUACAUAUUUAUUUUUAUUUUUUAAUAUGAUGCUACUUUGCAGAUGAAAA